GGCGGCCCGAGCGGAGCGGGGCGCGAUGGGGGCGGCGCGGCCGCAGUGAGCCCGGCGGGGAGCGGAGCGGGCACGGAGCGGGGCCCAUGGCGUUCAGCGCCUGGCAGAUCCUCUCGCCGGUGCAGUGGGCCCGCUGGACAUGGUCGGCGGUGCGGGGCGGGGGCAGCCCCGAGGAGGGGGACGGUGCUGCUGGCGAGGAGGAUGAUGAUGAUGAUGAGGAGCAGGACCCGCCGGCGGGGGGCUCGGCCCUUGGCUUCAGCUCGGACUCCACUGAUAAUUUUGAGACCCCUGAAGCAGAAACACCGGCCUGCUCGCCCCUCAAGGAGUUCUGUGAGCCCCCGGGAUCGCCAGAGCCUGAGGCUGGGAGCCAAGAGCCAGCUGGCCAUGGUGACCUGCUGCUAGGGGAAGCCCACUGGGACAGCUCGCCUGGGAAGCACCCCAAAGAUGAGGCUCAGCCAGAGAUUGGAGCCCCUACAGCCAGUUUGGAUGCUAAAGGGGAAACUGAGCCUGACAGCUCACCCCUGAUGCAGCCCUUGGGCUGCCAGGCUGACCCUGGGCACUCUGCUGGGGAGCCUGUGCCCCAUGUGGGCACUGCCACCAUGCCAGCAGGGGACACUGGCACGGGGCUGCUGGAGCUGAGGGCUGGUGCCCUGGGCCAGGAGCAGCUCGGGAAAGGGAAAACACCUUCACUCGGGAGGAAAACAGAUGAAGCCACAGAGGAGACCCAGCUUGAGCAGCACGAGAGGAGUGUGAGCCCCUGCCAGCUGCAGAGCUCUGCCCCAGCAGCCCCACAAUGCCUCCCCGACCCCGGUGAGCUGGGGGGGGACCCGGCUCUGGAGGCCCCAGGGCAGCUCCUGAAACCUGGGGCUGAUUCUACAGAGGCCAAGGAGAGUGUGGAGGCCAAGCCAGCUUCACCCAGGAGGGGCAGCAGGAUCCCAGCCAGCAAGGUGACACCCAGGAGACACAGAGAGUCCCCCAAGAGAGCAGCUGAGGAUGCAGAGAGGGGUCCCACAGAGCCACCCCCAGCCCGGGGCUCCUCCCAGCUGGCUCCCAGCCUCAGCUCUCUCAGUGGCAGCUCAGCACUGCAAAAUUCACCAGUUCUCCCCAAGGGCUCUUACCAGUUUGACCCCAGUAACUUUGACUCCAUGGAUCCAUUCAAGCCCACCAAGACUCUUGCCAGCAGUGACCCUGACUCCUGCUCCACCGCAGACAACAGCCUCAAUGAAAUCCUGGAAUCUCAGACCCUGGAGCUGCAGGACGAGGCCCUGAAAGGCAGAGACUCCCCCAAGAAGCCCAAGUCACGCCUGAUAACGAGUGGAUGCAAGGUGAAGCAGCACGAGGCACAGCAGCCCCUGGUCCUGGACAUCAGUGCUCAGGAUGAAGGAGUGUUGAUCUCAGAGAUCCCAGACAUUACAAACAGGGAUGGACGUGCCACUGAUGAGGAGAAGUUGGCCUCCACCACCUCCACGCAGAAACCAGCGGGGCUGGAGAAGAAGGCCGAGGCAGAAGAUGACCUGGAGUACUUUGAGUGCUCCAACGUGCCUGUGUCCUCAGGGAAGCACAGACCAGAGGCAGGUUUUGAAAAGGAGCUCUGCAAGCAGAUGGAAAAGGGAGGCCCUGGCAUCUUCCCCGACAAUCCCGGGCUGUGCUCCAUGGACAAGUGCCCCAGCGUGAGCAGCAGUGAGAGUCCCCUGGCUGGCAUCUGCCUCAGCGAGUCUGAGAAGGCAGCUGUGCUCACACUCAUCAGAGAGGAGAUCAUCACCAAGGAGAUCGAGGCCAACGAGUGGAAGAAGAAAUACGAGGAGAGCCGGCAGGAAGUGCUGGAGAUGAGGAAAAUCGUGGCAGAGUAUGAGAAGACCAUUGCCCAGAUGAUAGAGGAUGAGCAGAGGACAAACAUGACAUCUCAGAAGAACCUGCAGCAGCUCACCAUGGAGAAGGACCAAGCUCUGGCAGACCUGAACUCGGUGGAGAGGUCCCUGUCGGAUCUGUUCAGGAGAUAUGAAAACCUGAAGGCCGUCCUGGAAGGAUUUAAGAAGAAUGAAGAAGCUCUGAAGAAAUGUGCUCAAGAUUAUCUGACCCGUGUCAAGCAGGAGGAGCAGCGGUAUCAGGCCCUGAAAGUCCACGCAGAAGAAAAAUUAGACAAAGCCAACGAGGAGAUCGCCCAGGUGCGCACCAAGGCCAAGGCGGAGAGCGCGGCGCUGCACGCGGGGCUGCGCAAGGAGCAGAUGAAGGUGGAGUCCCUGGAGAGAACCCUGCAGCAGAAGAACCAGGAGAUUGAGGAGCUGACCAAGAUCUGCGACGAGCUGAUAGCGAAACUGGGAAAGUCAGACUGAGCCUCAGCACCCCUCCUCGCCCAGCACUCUGCACUUGGCUGCUUUUCUCAUGACCUUGAGCACCUUGCCUUACCCCUGGGCUCCCUGCAGGAAAGCUCACGUGUCCAGCUGCCCCUUGGCUGCCAGACCUGUGGCUCCUGAGCAGGGCUGCUCCCCUCACUGUCCCUGUCUGCUUCCCACAGCUCCAGGCUGGGAUCCCUGAAAUCAGUCUGGGAAUCAUCCUGGGCUCAGCCUGGGCAUCAUCCUGGGCUCAGCCUGGGAAUUCUGGGCUCAGCCUGGGAAUCAUCCUGGGCUCAGCCUGGGCAUCAUCCUGGGCUCAGCCUGGGCAUCAUCCUGGGCUCAGCCUGGGAAUCCUGUGUGUCCCUCCCAGGGCGUGCUGCCCUGUCCCUCUGCACCUCUCAGGUGGGAGGUGACACCCUGGGCUCUGUCCCCCUUGGUUGGGCUGUGUCCCCACUGCACUCUGUGUCACUGAUUUGUCCUCAUGGGCUCAGCAGAAGAGGUCCAGCCACUGGUGGGUCCUGCCCUGGGACGUGGAUGGUGGCAGGGUGGGACCUGCUGGCUCUUGCACUGGGUUUGGCUGGUCUCUGGUUUGUGGGUGAAGCACAGCACAGCCUCUCCCUGUCCCUGGCUGUGCCAGCCUCAGAGGAAGGGAGCUGACAUCUCUGCAUUCGUGCACUUUAUGAGCAUUUAUGGGCACUUGGGCUCUCUGCUCACUCCUUCCAGUCAGGCACAACUUGUUCCCCACGGAGCAGUCACACAACCUGCAGUACCAGGAGGCUUCUGCACCAAGAGGUGUUUGAGAAGCAGGGGAGAUGUUGGCAGAGCUGGGACUGCCCAUCCAUCCUCCCUGUGCCCACCCUGCCUGUGCCCUGGCCCCUGCAGGGCCCUGUCUGUGACUCCCUGUGCCAUGCUGAGAGCAGGGCUCCCUUUCAGAGGCUGCAGGAGGAAGGAACUGAACCCUGACGUGCCUCUGGGUGCUGCAGUAGCUGCAGUGGUGGAGGAUUCUCUGCCUUGAAUGGAUAGGUGUGAAAUAAGGGAAAUAUUUGCAGUUUGGACUGUUUCCUGCCCAGCCUGUUGAAGACUUUCACAAACCUUUUUGCUGCUACCUUUUUGUAACAGAAUUGAGCUCUUUUCCUUCUAUUUUCUAAUUCCCCGUGUCGAGCAUGCAGAGCAAACACCUGUUUAAGCCAGAGCCAUACACUUGAUUAUAUUUUAUUAGUUAUAUAAUAUAUAGAGAGUUUAUUCUACACUUAAGCAAAGGUGUCAGCAGCCUGCCCCAGCACACAGCUCCCCAACUCCAGUUCUCCAUGUUCUUCCCUGUUCUCCAGUUAUCCCAGUGACAGACUGGUCACAGAAACCAGUGGCUGACACCACUCAAAGCAGUGCACCUGUUCCUUGUGCUGGAUAUUCAUCCUUUGCACAGUUGACAGAAAAGAAAAACACCUUUUUUCCUGUUUCUUUUUAACCCCCUUGGCUUCCCCACAUAUCCCCUCCUGGGCUGGUGGAAAAUCUUCAAUCCUGUGAUCAACAAGGACUAUUUCUGUUCCCCUGUGGGAGUCUGUGCAGGUAAAGCAAACCCCUGAGACGCUGAGAUUUCUGGGGCAGAUGGCUUUUUUCUGUUGAGGAAGCAGAGUGCAGCAUUGCAUCACCCCUCAGAGCUGCUGACAGGCUGCUCCAGGGCUGCUUUGGGGCUCUGGGGCGCUGCCCUGCCCUGCCCACAGCAGCACCCCCAGUGUGCUGUGAGGGGAGAUUGUGGCAGCCCUCAGCCUUCUGCUUUGCUCAGGGCUGUGAUCCUCAUGUGCUGUCCUGGCUCAAGGUGAGCUCAUCUGCUUGGGGCGUAGUUCUGACCCUUGGGGCUGAUGGAGCAUUGCAGAAAUUCAGAUUUCACCAGUUCCCCAGAGCCCUGCCCUGCACACAGCAGCACCCCCAGUGUGGUGUGAGGCUGCUGGAGGACUAUGGCAGCCCCUCAGCCUUCUGCUUUGCUCAGCGCUGUGAUCC